ACACUUAUAUACAUUCUGCUAAACUUUUAUUUUUAAUUAUACCACUGUAAAAAGAAAAUAUAUUAUGCCCUCUGUUCCUAAGAGUUCUAGACCUAUGAAGUUCCCAUACACCUUUACAGCAAAACUAGUACAAUUUCCAUACAAACAUUAUUUUAAACACAACUGGAUAUACAGAUAUUACGUUUUUGGAGUUAUAGCUUCGUUGCCCAUUUUUAUGUAUUUGAGCAGGUUGGCUCAUUCGCCAGGAAAUGUUGAACAAUGGAAAGAAAUUAGAAGAAAAGAAGAGGAGGAACAACGUCAUAAAUUCGCUUGAACAUUUUUAUGUUAUAUUUACAUACUUAUUUUAUAUUUAGGUCCUAUUUAUUUUACUUUGAUUUGUAAUGAAUUAGGUAUACCUUUUUUAUAUCUACAUUUAGUUUUUUUUUUAUUUUUUAUUGAUCCAGUCAUACUAUUGAUGCAUGUUAUGUGAUGGUAUUUUUACAUAAUUACAAUAAAAACAAUGUCCAAAA